AUGACAUUACAGUCUGAUAAGUUCCCUAUGUGUAAUUAUACUAGAGAGACUGAUUACCAUAUUCUUAUGGAUUAUCCUUUCGCGAGAGCAGUUUGGUUUGGUCUAAGCACAACUAAUAGAGUUAGAAAUAACAUAGAUCUUUAUGAAUGGAUUAUUACUUGGUUAUCUAACCCCCAUGAUUGGGAUGAUCCAAUGACUGACUGGGAAGCUGUCUGUGGAAUAGUGGUUUGGAAUAUAUGGAAGGAAAGAUGUGACAUGGUUGUUAAAGAAUUGCAACCUAUACCGAUGGAACUGAUCAGGAUCAUAGAAACUGAGAUAGUGGUUCCUAAUUCGCUCAUCAACAAAGGAAUCAAGAGCAGUACUGAGAUAACUAGAGGAAAAAAUAAUGAGGAAUGGAAACCACCGCCGUUUGGGAAAACAAAAAUUAACUUUGAUGCUUCAUUCAAGGAAGGGGACUUAACAGUGGGACCGGGAUUCAUAGAUCGAAAUCAUUCAGGUACCUCUGGAGCAACAACAUAUAUCAAAAAAGUCGCAACAUCGGCUCUCCUGACAGAAUGUUUGGCAGCAAAGGAAGCAAUCAAAUGGGAAACUUCAACCAACCUAACACAGAUGUGCAUAUCCACGUUUACCCUGGGAAAUCACCAGGAUGCUCUGACUAGAGGUCGAGAGAUUGGAAUGCAUGAGGCAGUGCAGUUGGCACAGAACAGGGAGGUGUUGUCAUUCCAUGGAAUGUUGGCACAUGACAUGCAGAAGAAAGAUGUGGAUAGUGGUCGUGGUGGUGGUAAUAUAGUCGAGAAGCAAGAAGGAGAUAACAGAGAUGAAGGAAGCACUAGUGAUGCAAAUCCCGUCUCCAACAGGGGUAAUUUGAUGAGAAACUACUACGUUGAUAGUAAAGGAGAGAUUCAACUUCGAGCUCUUAAAAGAUGGGUUCCAGUGGAAUAA